GCUGGAUUCAUUUGCAGUUCCUGAACUUCAGAAUUUAGAGAGAAAGUGGAAAAAAUGGCCGAGGACCACGCCGAAACCAAGGAGCACCUCGGGCUCUCCAGAGUCGCGCUCCUCCGGAACCCCACCUAUCAUCCAAGCGGGACCAAGAUAUACGUCUCCUUGAUGGCUCGCCAUGGGUUCAAGCCCACCAAGCCUGGACCAUACUGCUACAGGAACCGAAUGCAUCAGCGAGGCUUGGCGAACGUUCCCGGGGCUGCGGGAGGGCGGGUGCGUAUGGAACGAGGUUUGAUGAAGGGGGAGGGAGCCGGAGGUGGCUCAGUCAAGCAAAUCACGCCAGACGACCAGUGCAGCGACGCCGUGUAUCUCUGCGAAGUCGAAGUCGGAACCCCGGCACAGAAGCUCAAGCUAGAGUUCAACACUAGCUCGUCCGAGCUGUGGGUAUGCGCCCCCAGCCAGAACCUUGGAUCGGACAGCCCUGGAUCGUUCGGUGCCGAGAGAUCCACAAGCUAUCGCAGCAUGAACUCGUCAUGGAUGGCUAAGGGAGGCGACGGUAGUUCCGCCUCUGGAGGGACUGGUGUCGGCCAAGUCUCUAUCGGUGGCCUCCGGGUCAAGGAGCAAGUCAUCCAGCUGGCAAUGCAUAUCGAAGGACACCCAGCCCCGAGGGGUGCCGAUGGCUGCCUCGGACUCUCCAUCCCCCAAACGAAGACGAUUACGGAGAAUGGUGUGCCGGACCCGCAAGAUACGCUCAUCACAAACCUGAUGUCACGCUCGGAGCUCCCAAAAGAUGCGCAGCUCUUCACGGCCGUCUUUGACAGGUCGGGGGACAAGGAGGAUGAGGCCUUCUGCACAUUUGGGCACAUUGACCAGGAAACCCUGAAAGCUGCCGAAGAGGCGGGGGGGUAUAUCAUGGGCUAAAGUUAACAACGAAAAAGAAAACUGGGCUUUCCCGUCCGAGGAAGCCCAUGUCCGUGGGUCGGCGCUCUCGCGGGCGGGAAACAUGGCGGUCGCGGACACCAGCAGCCCUCUGAUCCUGGUCGGCGACGACGUCUGCGAG